AUGCAGGCAAUCAACUUACUUAAGUCGAGUUAUGGUAAUAUUUUUCACCUUGGAACGGAUGCUUUAAUUAGAAAGUUUACGAAACAAAAACAAGAGAAAAUGUUUUACUUGUCUAGUCUAGUGAGAUCUAAUACGUUCUCUGUUAAUUUCAAGCUCGAUGUGUUUCGUUCUUUAUCCCAUCUUGCAUCUUUAAAACCAAACGAUGGCUCUGUUGUUGGAUAUAAAAGAUUAGGAAGAGGUCCUGCCUCCGGAAAAGGUAAGACCUCUGGUAGAGGUCAGAAGGGACAGAAGGCUAGAGGAAGUGUUCCCAGAUGGUUUGAAGGUGGCCAAACACCUUUUUAUAAAAGAUUUCCGAUUAUUGGCUUUAAAAGGGCCCAUAAGAGAAUUUAUGCCGGAGUUAAUUUGGAUAGAAUUCAAGACUUUUGGAACGCCGGGAGGAUACCACUAGAAGAAGGUGGAAAUUUAACAAUGAAGGUCAUGAAGGACUGCGGGAUCAUAAGUGGAUCUGUCAAGGAUGGAGUCAAGAUCUUGGGAAACGGAAAGGACAUAUACACCGUUCCCUUGAAUAUAGAAUCAUCAAAGGCAUCAAUUGGAGCUAUUUUAUCGAUUGAAAGGAGCGGCUACAAGUUUACUGCAAAAUACUUUACCAAAUUAGGUUUAAAGGCACAUAUAGAUCCAAAUUAUUUCUACUUGAAAAAGGGAUACUUGCCUUUAUCUGCCAGACCAACUCAUAGAAGAGAUGUUGAGUACUAUUCAGACCCCGAGAAAAGAGGUUACUUGUUGAAAGAUAGAUCUAUUUUAUUAGAUUAUUUGGGAAAAGCAAAUAAAAUAAGCAGAACCACCCGUAAAAGCGAAUUAGAAAGACUGUUGGAGAAUGCAUCAUCAAGAACUUAUAAGGAAUUUUCAAGCACCAGAGUUAUUCCUAUAGAUAUGCUUUAG